AUGGCUACCACUACUACCUGGGACGCGAUAGUCUUCGUCGUCACCUACGCUUGCGCCGUCUUCCUCACCAUUGUCGACGCUCAGUCUUGUGGAAACAUGACCACAACUGUUUCAGUCGUCAAGACCAUCACCGAGACCGUUCCCUGGAUCUCUGGGCCCUUGACUGUUACCAUGACUGAGUCCAUCGUCGAUGGCUUCAAUUUCACUCACGUCUCUGGCACUACCUUUCCUGGAGUCAUUCCGGCUAUAGCCACGGUUACAGACACAAUCACUGUCGGAAAUGAUACCAGCGCUCAGUCUACCUCAGUUGUUGAGUCUCCUCGCUCAGGUUCUGCCAUUACGUUGACAAGUACCACCAAGUUCACAUCUUAUGUCAACAAUACCGCCUCUGCUACCGUCCCUGCUGUCUCCAGUGGUGCGAGUGGGAACUUCACGCGUGCAUCUGUCCCUGGCUCACUCACUCUGACAUUCCCAAUCACUACUGCCAGUCCAGCCUGCGCUUUCGGUCUUCCAAAUGGAACAUGCGGUGGUGGCAGCUUCAUCUCAGCCACCGAGCCUUCGACUCUCAACUUGACUUCCACUCUCACCAUCACCAGCACCACGCAUCUUGACACUAUCACGUCGGUUGCUCUGCCCACGACUGCGGUGAACACCCCGAGGCCGUUCUUCGUCAACAGCACUUUCGAGACCAGCUUCCCCUCUACGGCCCUACCGUUGUCGUCUGCCAUGAGUGUCCCAACCUCUGCCAGCGAUAGCAUCACUGUAAAUCAUACUGGUAGCAGCACCAGCACCAGAACCACCACGACUUUGACCACGGUCACACUGUCAAAGACUUCUGCCGCUGUUAGCGCUAUCAACUCCACACUGGAUAGUGACACACUGAUGCUCGCUACAACGACCACCACCUCAACUGUUGAGCCAAUCGUCUCGGUCUUGAGCAUAGCAUCCUCCUUCCUCGGUAAUGCUUCCUCGGUGAUCGCAACCAAGACAGUUGGUACUACAACCACUGCCACACCUCUUGAGACAGUUCUCAGCGCUGCUUCUUCCAUCCUGGGUGAGGCCACAUCAGAAAUUGCAAGCAAGACUGCAGGCGCAGAUAUCACAACCACCACAGUUUACACGACUAUUGAGGCAACCGAGACUGCGAGCAGUUCUGGUAUGACCUUUACUGAGACUGUCUCAGUGUAUGUCGAUACAACUACCACCUCUGUCGUCGUUGAUAAUACUGGGGCUGCGAUUGACCUCUCCAGUACCACGACCAUCUCAAGCAUGGAUUCAGCAACUACAAUUUUGCCCUCCAUGACCACUGUUGGCGUGCCUUUGUCGUCAGUUGUCAUGGCUAGUGAGAGCCUCAACGCUAGCACCUUCACCACUCCAAGCAACGAGUCAAUUUCACUUCCCGUGGUGUCCGCGUCGUCGGCAUCCGGGUUUCAAGCGUCAGCGUCAAUCUCGCUCUACACUCCCACCAUGACCGGCGCAGCAUCCUCCUUGCGUGCACCCCGUGUCUUUGGUCUGGUCGCCCGCUUCUUGAUGGUCCUCGACCUCGUCAAGCCGCAGACCCUAGUCAGAGCCGCCGUGCCUGGACUCCCUCAGCCUGAACCCGAAACUGCCCCGCUUCCACCUUCCCUGACAAUCACUCCUAACGUUUCGGCCUCAGUCUCUGUGUCCUUCACGACUCUCCCAUGCAACUGCACCGCAUACUUGAAUGAAACUGCUAGCAUUCUGGGAGCAGCAAACUCUACGAUCUGGUUGACCACCACUGUGCAGAGAACCUUGACCGUCAUCACCACCCUGACCACCCAGGUCCCUGGUGCGCAUCCUGCCAACUCAUCAUCAACAGCAAUUCCUGCUACCGCCACGGUGCUUCCUGCGCCUGCGCCCGCGCCCACUGUUGUCUCUGGCACGAGUUCUCUCACUGAAAAACCCAGUACCACUGAUGUUGUUGGUGUGACGAUCACUACUCCUGCCUCUCUCGUCGGGAACAUCACCAUCACCUUGGGUACUCCCAACACCACGAUCAUCCCUGCAGUUGAGUCUAUGCCCGUGCCCGUGCACACCACUGCCAUGUCGAUCCCGUUCCCCAACAGCACGACCAUCAGCAUGGCCAACGUCAACGCCAGCAUCGCCAACGCGACAACCAUGACCGUCAACAGCAGCACGACCGUGCACCCCACCGUGACGAGCUUCUUCCCGAGCAGCCAUGUGACCAACAACCCCACCGGCAUCGAGACACGCACAACCCGCACCACAUUCACCGCCACCCCAUCCACCGUCACGACGUCUUCCUCGUCCGAGGUGACCCGUCUGACCGUCCACACCGUGACUGCGUUGUUGCUCGUGGCCGUCACCGCCUGGUUCGUCUUGUGA